UUUAAAUAGUGUGAAUUAUUUAAACAAUGGCGUCUCUGAAGCAACUAAUUGUGCUUCUUAGCUCUGUGGCCACUUUUGGGUACACUUUUUACGUGGUCGGCAAGUUAAUGCUAUUUUUGUCCUUGCCACGAAACAUAAGCAAAGCCCACACCUGGAUAUUUAAUUUACUUGACAAUAGGUCUCGCAUUGAGACUGCUUAUGGACCGAUUGUCUAUGACACGCUCUUCCUGAUAGCCUUCAUCUUCCAGCAUAGCUUCACGGCUCCGAUAUUACGUAAAUUGGGCUGCCAGGCGACCCUCCGUACUAUUUAUAGUCUGACAUCAUCGAUUUGUUUACAUUAUUUGGUGCAAAACUGGUUGCCCGCCACUUCGAUUGUGUUGUGGCAAGUUGAUGUAAGCGAUAGUGCUGUACUUUGGUGGACUUUUGUGAUCACGCAUGGCAUAUGCUGGAUUGUGAUUUAUGGCGGAAGUAUUAUUAUGGAUUUACCUGAGCUGUUGGGUAUCAAACAAGCAUACUAUGAUAUGAAACAGUAUGCACCGCCAAUUGCCUACAAAUCCUCAGAACUACGCAAUCUCUAUUCCCAUGUCCGUCAUCCAUCAUUUGUGGGUUUCACCAUCAUUCUGUUUGCCACAAAUGUAAUGAGUGUGGAUCGCCUUCUGCUGGCCGUGCUACUAACCACAUAUAUGUAUGUGGCCUGGUCUACCGAUCAGAGCGAUGUGGCUUACCAGAAGCAGCAGCUGCAGCGAAAGAAGCUGGAAUUGAAAUCCCAGUGAAGAAUUGACAUCUCAACUUACCUUUAAAAAACCAUUUACUUAAUGCAUUUUUUAACAUAAGACUCUAACUCAAGACUAAUUCAUUUUUAUAAGCACACAUUUUAUUUUUUGUACGCUCACAUGUGUAAAAUAAAAAUCUAACUCAUUCGUACCACCGCA